AUGAGUAAAUUAGAAGAGUUGGUUCUAUUGGACAUGUGGGUGAGCCCUUUUGCAAUAAGGGUGAGGGUGGCAUUGGCUGAGAAAGGAAUAGAAUAUGAGCCAAAACAGGAAGAUUUGAGCAACAAAAGCACUUUGCUUUUGGAGAUGAACCCUCUCAACAAGCAAAUCCCAGUGCUGAUUCACAAAGGGAAACCCAUUAUUGAGUCUCUUGUUAUAGUUCAAUAUAUUGACGAGGUUUGGAGUAGUGAGGAGGGAGCUUAUAACAAUGCCAAUUUCCUUCCUUCUCAUCCUUUCCAGAGAGCACAUGCUAGGUUUUGGGCUGACUAUGUGGACAAGAAGAUCUAUCCGAUUGGAAGUAAGCUGUGGAAUAGAGAGAAGACAGAAGAGGAGAAAGAGGCAGCAACAAAGGAACUUUUGGAGUGCUUUAAACAACUAGAGGAAGAGCUUGGAGAAAAGCCCUAUUUUGGGGGUGAAAUUUUUGGGCUUGUAGAUAUUGCUCUCAUUCCAUUUUACAGCAUGUUUCUUGCAUUCAAAAUUCUUGGAAAAUUGAAAUUAGAAACUGAGUGUCCCAACAUCUUCCAAUGGGCUCAGAGGUGCACCCAAAGAGAGAGUGUCUCAAAGAAUUUGCCUUCUCAACAAGUGGUUUACGAUGUCGUUUUGAAGAUCCUAGGAAUUCAAACUCGAGUAAUUUAA